AUGUUCCGCUUCACCCUCCUCGUCGCCGCGUUCUUCGCACUCCUCAGCAUUGUUCUCGCCGCCCCUGUAGAGGUUGAGCUCGAGAAGCGCACCACGCACACGGGUCAGGGCACUUACUACUACCCUGGCCUUGGUAACUGCGGCUGGACCAACGACUCCAGCGACAUGGUCGUCGCGAUGUCGAAGGAGUUCUACGACAACAACGAUGGAGGCAACUGUGGACAGUCCCUCACUAUCACAUGGGGCGGCAAGUCUGUCACGGCGAAGAUGGUCGACAGCUGCCCGGGUUGCGCCUACGGCUCUCUUGACAUGUCGCCCGCCGUUUUCAAGAAGUUCGCCUCGCUCGACAAGGGUGUUCUCUCGAACAUCAAGUGGCACUUCAACGCCAACUAG